UUCAUCUCGACUUAUGAUUUAUGUUUUUUUUUUUUUUUUCAUCGCAUGCACUUGAUGAUGUGAUAUGAUUAACAUUACUGAUUCAAACGUAAAGAUCAUCUGAUCUUCCUUUACUCCGCCCACAGUGGUGUAGUUUCCCAACAACUUACUGCAACUUAUAAAGUCGUUCUCUAACCGUCACGAUAAGACAGCUACUCCUGCCUUGAUCAUUUUGGUUACUUUUCAUCAUGAGUAACAUCACCUCCUGCACAGAACCGCAGACCCUUGUUUCUACCAUUUUAAAGCCUGUUCUCAUUUUGGAGUUCAUCUUUGGGUUGCCUGGAAAUGUGUUUGCUCUGUGGAUUUUGUUCUUCAAGUCUCCAUGGAAAGCCUGCAAUGUGUAUCUCUUCUGCCUGGUGAUAUCUGACCUCCUACUCCUCACUGGGCUGCCUUUCCGCAUAGAUUAUCUCUUUCGUGGUGAAGACUGGAUAUUUGGCGAAUCUUUUUGCCGCCUUAUUUUAUAUAUCAUAUCAGUAAACUACUCAGCAAGCAUGGCUUUCAUGUCAAUUUUAGCAGUGGACCGCUUCUUCAGGAUCCUUCACCCACACCAUCGCAUUUGUCGAAUGAGUGUGAGACAAGCUAUAAUGUUGGCUAGCAUGGUUUGGAUGGUUGUUCUACUCCUUCGCCUUCCAACCGCCCUGAACCUGGUUCUCAAAUCACAGAAAAACUCUUCAAAGCUCACAUGCCACAGCUUUCUCUCAUGGACAUGGCCGUCGGUUCAGAUGAGGAUAUAUAAUUCAGUCCAGCUCAUAGAGGUCCUGUUAGCAUUUGCACUGGUGGUCUUCUGCUUUGUGCGGGUUUCCUUUCACGUCCAUGGUCGCCAGUCUAAGGGGGCACACCGCAGGGUGAAGCGGGCAGUGAGAUUGCUUCUGUUUAUUGUGAUCAUAUUUGUUCUGUGUUUCCUGCCUACAGUCACUUUUGGCAUCUUCCUUCAAGUGUUUUCCUGUUCGGAAUUCCUCAUGGUGUGUUUUCAUGCUGCUUUAGCUUUAUCCUACAUGAACAGUGCACUGGAUCCAGUCAUCUACUGCCACAUUAACGCUUGGUUUCGUGACACCCUAAAGGGCAAAACCAACUCAAUAGGGAUGACGAAGUUCAAGAUGAGUGCAAAAACGAACAGAAAACCUUAAUCUACCUGAUGAACUGUUGUUUUUUUUAUAAACAAAGCAUUGGGGGAAAUUAAAAUAUGCGUGUUAAAGGUAUAGUUCACAUAAAAAGUAUUUACUCACCUUCUCAUGUCGUUUCAAACCUGUAUGACUUUCUUUCUACUCCAGAAUGCUAAAGAUAAUACUUUGAAAUAUGUUUCAGCUGUUUUUCUUAAUAUCUUCUUGCGAGCUCUACAAUAGUCAUACAGGUUUGGAGCAACAUAAGGGUGAGAAAAUGAAAAUUAAUUUCUCUGUGAACUAUCCGUUUUCUCUAGCCAGUUGACCUAAUGGAUUAUUAUUUUGCACAAUAAGUUCUAUAUACUGUACACCUUUCUAUAGUUUGUCACUUUUUCUGCCUGUAUUUAUAAACAACAUGCAUCAUCAA